GAGUAAAAUGAAUAACAUUACAAUUUUGGAGAUUUUUUUUUUAAUUUUUUUGAUUUUAGGGACUAAAUUGUGAAUGAAUCAUUUCUUCUAAGAUUACAUAUGGUUAAAAAAUUCCAGGGGCAUUAGUGAUUAGUCGAAAAAUAUGCAUUUAGAGGGGUCAAAUUGUGAUUACCCAUAAAACGAAUUCAUUAACCCCGUGGCCUCCAUCUCUACGAACACAUACACAGAAAACAAACUCAAAGAAGAUGGCUAGUGGUAGUUUGAAGAACAUGUUGAGUGUAGCAAUGAAUCAAGGAGUGGUGGAAGCACGAGCCAGGAUCUUCGGCCACCAAUUGAACCCCACUGGCAUGAAAACUCCACACAAGCUUCUCCGCAUGAAGCUCUUCGGUGAAAAAGUCGCUCAGUGGUACCCUCACGACAUCAAGAAAGACGACCCUCUUGUCAUGGCCCGUCAAGAACAAGAACGCUUAUCAAAGCUUGAAAUGUUGAAGCGGCGAGGAAAAGGACCACCCAAGAAGGGCCAAGGAAGGCGUGCUGCCAAACGCAACAAAUAAAUUAUACUUUCACCUCUCUCUCUCUCCUCUCUCUCAUCUCUCUCUCUCUGGAAUUAUUUUGUGGGUACUCUUUUGAGUUUAAGACAAGUACUUGUUUAUUUAUGUGAUAACACUUUGAGUUUUACUUUUGUUAUCAGAAUGUAAACUCAUGCAUUUUAGAGUUUGAAAUCACUAGCCUAAUUUGGUUGAGAUCUCUGUCCUCUUUGUGCAAUUAAAUUUUCUGAUAUUGGUUCAGUCUAUCUUGGAAAUUUGGAAUGCAA